AGCAGAAGAAGGAGCGUGCAAACAAGUGGCGUGAACGCUUCGGACAGCUCAGGGAAGAGGACGCGAAGACAAUUCAUGACUACAAACAGAGCCAUCCCUCAAUUGCGGAGCGGCGUUGAGCGGGAGAUUGAUCGUCUCCAGUCCUCGACAUGUCGACCAAGCCGAUGAGGCACACUCUUCUUAUUCACUUUCUUGCUCUGGCUUUUAUGAGGCUUUUGCCGAACAUCACUACGACUGGACGCGAAGUGUGGCCUUAUCUAAGUUUCCACACUUGCCUUGGUCUUGUUCUGCAUGCUCCACUUCUACCUAAUACUGCGGCGUCGCCGAGCGUUCCGCGCAGCGUUACACUGGUUAUGGACAGAUUUGGACAUAACUCUACAGCGUGGUGACGAAUAUGCAGCGGCACUUUUUUGUGGAUUACAGUUUGCUGCUUUUACCAUCAACAUUAAUCUAAUUCAGCGCUGUACCAAUGGGCGAAGCACUUGGGCGCUUCGGAUGGUGGAAGCUGGGGUCGCAUCCCGAGGCUCUGCUCUUUUGGUCUGCUGCGUCACUACAGGCUAUACCAAUAUGGCUAUCUGUUUGAUAUGCAU